AUGGUAAUCCUAAAUCUACAGCAAUCUCCUUCUACGGCGAGCGGCCGCCUUAUCGCCUUCACCACCCCACAGAACUACGCCGUUAGACUCUCCCGCCUCAUCCAACUGAAUGGCUGGACUCCUCUCUGGUGCCCCACAGUCACCGUUGAUCCCACUCCGGCAACCAUCUCCGCCCUCCAGCACUUCUUCCUCUCACCCAAUUUCCCUCUCCGCCACUUCUCCGCCCUAGCAUUCACUUCCAGAACCGGAAUCGCCGCCUUCUCCCAAGCCCUGGCCGGAAUCGACGCCCCUCCUCUAUCUCCAAUUGGGGAAAUCCUCACCAUUUCCGCCCUGGGCAAAGAUUCGGAGCUUCUGGAUUCACAUUUCAUAGGUCGAUUAUGCGAGAAUCCGAGGCGAAUUAGGGUUCUGGUGCCACAAUUAGCCACGCCGAGUGGGAUGGUGGAGGCGUUGGGAUUAGGGUUAGGGAGGAAGGUUCUGUGCCCCGUUCCGGUCGUGAUCGGACUCACGGAGCCGCCGGUGGUGCCGAAAUUGGUAGCGGAUCUGGAGCGGCGGGGCUGGGAGGCGGUCAGAGUGAGCGCCUACGAGACGCGGUGGCGGCGCGGCGGCGCGGCUGAGCUGGUGGAGAGGAUGGGAGAGGAAUGCGGCGUGGACGCGGUCGUUUUCACGAGUACUGCGGAGGUGGAAGGGCUGCUGAAGAGCCUGGCGGAAUUGGGGCUGGAUUGGGGAAGGGUGAGAGAGAUGUGCCCGUGGAUGGUGGCGGCGGCGCACGGCCCGGUGACGGCGGCGGGGGCGGAGAAAUUGGGGGUGGGAAUUGAUGUGGUCAGUUCGAAGUUCGAUAGUUUUCAAGGGCUGGUGGAGGCGCUUCAGUACAGGUGGAAUUGCUCUGAACCUAAUUAA